GAGCUUACGAGACUUCCGUUUGUAGGCGACAAUCGUUCUUGUUUUGGGGGUUGUGCUUACUCCUCCCUACAAUCUUAGUGUGGAUGUGGUGGUGGGUGUUUCAGUGGCAUAUUCUGUAUUUUAACCACUGUUUAUCUCACCAACAUAACAUUAGGGAUUCAGGGGAAUGCUUUCAUAAUUUUCUACAGUUUUGGUCUGUAAAUAAAGUUGAUUUUAUUUUCGCUUUUGUUUUAACAUGUCAGCGCCGUUUGGGUACUCGGUAGUGCGAUUCCUCUUUCUUCCACCUUUAGCUCAGGUCCCUGCAUUGCCUCGGUGUGUGCACCAGAAGGUUUUAUCACGGGCGCUGGCCACUGGACGGACGGAUGGUGACACCGGUCGCAGGGAGAAAGGACACGCAAGAGUGGUGGAACAAAGAAAUUUGUCUGUUGCAUUACUUGGACUGUUGGGAACUGGAACUGGACUUUUUCUUUUAAACCGAAGAGAGCAUGGAAAACAGAAAAAAGAAACCGAGGGCUUUCUGUCACGUUUGUUACCAACUGUGUUGGCAGCUGUGCCGGUUAGACCCGAUAGUCCCCGCUAUCGUUAUAACUUCAUAGCGGAUGUGGUGGAAAAAACUGCACCAGCUGUUGUGUACAUUGAAAUCAUGGGGAGGCAUCCAUUCACAGGACGAGCAGUGCCAAUUUCCAAUGGGUCAGGAUUUUUGGUUUCUGCAGAUGGAUUGAUUGUGACAAAUGCUCAUGUGGUGGCAAACAAGAGCCAAGUGCGGGUUAAGCUUGCAAAUGGUGAAUUGUACAAUGCAGUGGUAAUAGAUGUGGAUCCAGUUGCAGAUAUUGCCACAAUCAAAAUUAAUGUCAAGUAUGCUCUACCAACCCUACACUUGGGUAAAUCUGCAGAUGUGCGGCAAGGUGAAUUUGUGGUGGCACUGGGCAGCCCUUUUGCUCUACAGAAUACAAUAACUUCAGGGAUAGUCAGCUCUGCACAGCGUGGGAGCCGUGAGCUUGGACUUAGUCACGCAAACAUGGAGUACAUUCAGACAGAUGCAGCAAUAGAUUUUGGUAAUUCAGGAGGGCCUCUUAUAAACUUGGAUGGAGAGGUAAUUGGCGUGAACACGAUGAAGGUUACUGCUGGGAUUUCAUUUGCUAUUCCAUCAGACAAACUUCGAGAGUUCCUGAACAGAGGACAGGCAAGAAAGUCUUGGUUUGGAGGUACAGAAGCUAAACGUCGAUACAUUGGAGUUAUGAUGCUCACUCUAACACCAAGUAUACUGGAGGAGCUGAAACUUCGCAAUCCUAAUUUUCCUGAUAUAUCUUAUGGUGUAUUGAUUCACAGGGUCAUUGUUGGUUCUCCAGCUUACCAAGCAGGCCUUAAAUCAGAUGACAUAAUCCUGGAGAUCAAUGGACAGGCUGUGAAAACUGCUGAACAUGUGUAUGAUGCAGUCCGGAAGGAGCAAAUACUGUCGGUAGUAGUGAGACGUGGCCAUGACAUGCUAAUGCUGAAUGUAACACCAGAGGUUGCAGAGUGAAGAAUAGCUAAGGACAAAAUCUGUGCUUUUAGUGUGGGAGAAGUUUAUCAGGAUUGUGGAGUGCUCUACAGCAGCAGGACAGAGAAGCACUUUGGUUUUCAGGCAAUUCAAAUCAAUUGUGAAAUAUGGAGACUGUUGGCUUACAGCAAUAGUAAUAACUGGACUUGGUCUCAUUCUUGGCUGAUCCUUUCAAUCACUGCUUUUAGUGCAGUCUGACCAGUACAGCAAGACUGUUGUAAGGAACCAUGUGACUCAUAGGAGUCUGAGACCGUGUUCACUUAAAUGUCAACCCAGAGAAGAUCAGUGUAAUUUUUAGUGAAUGCUGUUUGCUUUGUAAAGUUAAGUGCACAUUUUUGCCUUCCCUUCCACUUUUAAUGUGAACUUGCACAUAAAAAUUCUUGACUAAUAAAAAAUAAAAUACU